AUGUCACGGCUCAUAGUGAAGAACUUGCCUGUAUACAUAACUGAUCAGCGUCUACGUGACCAUUUCUCUCAACAACCUUUUAUAUCCCGCCACGCAGGUCCCGGUGGGUACACUCUCACCGACGCACGCAUUGCCCGCAAACCCGAUGGCACCAGCAGGAAGUUUGGUUUUGUCGGUUACAAGACGAGAGAGGAAGCCGAUCGGGCGAGAGAGUGGUGGAAUAGGACGUACAUCGAUAGUACUCGGAUUACUGUUGAGGUCGUAGAGGAGAACCACGAACCGCGCAAACGCAGAGCUGGCGACGAGAACGACCCCCCUCCCCGAACCACGGCCAACGGAGACAAAAAUUUGGCUGCCAAGCACGAGUCGAAGAAAGACACUCAGAAGGACAAGUUCGUCAAUGCUAUGACCUCCAAGUCCACUACACGCACAUGGGCAGACGAUCUUCUCCCCCCUCCAGAGCCGACAAACAUGGAGAAAUUAAGGACGGUGGACAGUGUUACUGUGACUAGUGAAGAGAACAAAAACGCGCAGGCUGACGGAGAGCCCACCACAGAGGGGUUGAGCGACAUGGAGUGGAUGCGACGACGGAUGACCAAAACGCUAGAUGCGGAUGCAGAAUGGAAGGGAUUCGAGCAGUCCGACGACGAGGACGGUGCUGCUGACCAGCCAAAUUCCGGAGCGAUCGGUGUUCAGGAACAAUCGAGCAAGGAAGCAGAAAGGCACCAGACUGCAGAGACAAUCCUCUCCACCGGCCGCUUGUUUCUUCGAAACCUGGCUUACACAUGCACCAGCGCCGAGCUGCAGGAGCAUUUCUCUCGGUUCGGGGAAAUUCAACAGGUGCACCUUCCCCUCACACCAUCCCGCACACCAUCCGGUCUCGCAUUUAUUACGUUCGCUGAUCCCUCCUGCGCGCUCGCAGCCUAUGAAGCCCUCGACACGUCUCCCUUCCAAGGUCGCCUUCUCCACAUCCUCGGGGCAGUAGACAAGCGCCCAGCCGCCUCCGUCACCUCAGCUCCCAAAUCACUCAAAGACAAGAAACUCGACGAGCGCAAGAAGUCCAGCGGCCACGGCUGGGACUGGGCUAUGUUAUAUCUCAAUCCCGAUGCGGUCGCCGCGGCCGUCGCUGGCAAGCUCGGGGUGGAGAAGAGCGAAAUUCUCAAUGCUGAGGAGGGCAAUGCAGCCGUCAAGCUCGCACUAGCCGAGACAUCAGUCGUGCAGGAGACGAAGCUCUUCCUCGAAAGCAAUGGGGUCGACAUUUCUGCGUUCUCUGGUCGGCCACAGCGCUCACCAACCACGAUCCUCGUGAAGAAUCUGCCUGCGUUCACCACUCCCCAAGCGAUUCGCGAGCUCUUCCAGCCACACGGAAAACUGAAGAGUGUCGUUGUCCCCCCUAGUGGAGCGAUCGCCCUUGUAGAAUUUGACGAUGAGAGUGAGGCUGGUGUUGCCUGGCGGAACGUGAACUACAGGCGAUUUGGAGGGAGCAUCAUCUAUCUCGAGCGGGGUCCGGUUGGGCUCUGGAAGCCGAGCGGAGCUGCCGCAACCGCCAAAGGAACCGGUCCAGAGCGAGAGGAUCGUGUUAUCGUACUUCCUGAAGACGAACAACCCCCAGAAGCCGCCCCGGGCUCUACACUGUACAUCAAGAAUCUCUCCUUUACAACUGCCUCCUCUACUCUCUCCUCGCUUUUCUCCACUCUGCCAGGGUUCGUCUACGCUCGUGUGCAAACCAAGCCGAACCCGAAAGAUCCUGCAGGGAGGCUCCGCAUGGGCUAUGGCUUCGCAGGAUUUGGAAGCAGAGAGCAGGCGGAGAGGGCGAGGAAGGCUAUGGACGGAGCGACGUGUGAGGGGCAUAAACUCAGUGUGCGCUUUGCUGGCCGUGGCAAGGAAGAAGACGAGCAACCUGCUGGUCCUGUUGGAGUGUUCGCCCUCGGAAAUAAGAAGACCGCCAAGGUGAUCGUCAAGAACGUACCUUUCGAAGCGACGAAGGCGGACAUCCGAUCGCUAUUCCAGGGAUACGGUCAGCUCAAAUCCGUCCGCCUGCCGACAAAGUUUGACCGCCGCACGCGUGGCUUCGCAUUCCUUGAGUUCGUCAGCCGGAAGGAGGCGGAGAAUGUGAUGGCUGCCCUUAAACAUACCCAUUUGCUUGGGAGGCAUUUGGUGCUUGACUGGGCUGAUGACGAGCAGGGGAUGGACAACCUCAGAGAAAGGACUAAACGCGCAUUCGGGGAUGGGAAGGAGGUUCCUACCAAGAGAAGAAAACUGAACAUUGCAGAGGAUAUGGAAGAGGACGGUGAGGACUGAUGGUCUCGUAUUGUUGUUGCGUUUUCUGUUUCUAUCUCGAUGAUCAUGUAUGUUCUGUUAGGUGGUUUUGAUCAAUGUACAGAC